AUAAUAAUAUUGUACUUAUACUGUUCCUACCUUCUAUUAUGCUGCUAUAUGAAUAGAAACACUGAGUAUCAUUCCUCGGCCUCUGAUUGGCUGACCCUGAUGAAGGCAGGGAGUAUCAGCCAAUCAGAGGCGGAGUAGAGCGGGGUCACAGUGUGACAACAUCCGAUCCAGACAUCCCGCGCGUUUCUUCCUGCAGGUACCAACACAGUAACAACACGGUAACAGUACCAACAUGGCUCUAGUCGUGUCUACAGCCGAGAUGCUGAGAGGAGUCGUCGUAGAGAAGCUGACUGCAGCAGCUCAGGAGAUCUUAGCGGUGGUGGAGAGAACUGUGACCGGAUACGAGGAGGAGGCUGCAGGUCUGAGGAGAGAGAUCGAGCUGCAGAGGAGACAACUGGAGGACAUGAUGCUGCUGCAACCUCAGAGGAGACAACUGGAGGACAUGAUGCUGCUGCAACCUCAGAGGAGACAACUGGAGGACAUGAUGCUGCUGCAACCUCAGAGGAGACAACUGGAGGACAUGAUGCUGCUGCAACCUCAGAGGAGACAACUGGAGGACAUGAUGCUGCUGCAACCUCAGAUGGAGCUGCUGCAGGACCAGAAGCUGCAGCCUCUCAUCAAACAGGAGACAGCAGAUGACCAGUUUCCUGUCUGCCAGCCAACUGGAGGAGGAAGAGGAGAUGGAGGAGGAGGAGGAGGAGGAGACGGAAGAGGAGGAGGAGGAGGAGGAGGAGGAGGAGGAGGAGACGGAGGAGACGGAGGAGGAGGAGGAGGAGGAGGAGGAAGACUCCCUGAAGAGGAAGAGCAGCUCAAACAUGAGCUGAGUGUGAAGGACACCUGGAGCCUCGUCUGUCACACGGAGGUACAGAGGGAGGAAGGUAAAGGUGAUGAAGACGAGGAGGAGGAGGAGGAGGAGCGACCGACGCUGAGCUCCACGCAGGACCAGCACCAGCACCAGGACCAGGACCAGCACCAGCACCAGCACCAGCACCAGGACCAGGACCAGCACCAGCACCAGCACCAGCACCAGGACCAGGACCAGGACCAGCACCAGGAUCAUCUCACAGAACCAGAUUAUGAAGUCGCAUCAAGGUUAUUGCCGCCCACGGUUCAGUCUGACAGGAGGAAGCGUGGCAGACCUCGGACCAGUGAACCACCGGACCACGUAGACCUCAAGAUCCGCAUCCUGGAGGACUCCCGGAUCCAGGUGCUCUCCGCCAGCGUGUUCAAGAAGUACCCGGUGCAGGAGGUCCGGUGUUCCCGAGGCCUGCAGGAGGCCGACUUCCUGGACCUGCUGAAGUCCACCUUCCCUCAGCUGGCUGCUCACAAACCGUUCGACGUCUUCACCACCAACCGGAGGAAGAGGCUCCAGCCAAUCACGGCCGAGACGCUGACGCCGGAGAGCUGCAGGAGCACGGGGCAUUCUGCCCUCUACUUCCGACUGAAGGCACAAGAGGAAGUCCCGGCGAGAGAGGAAGAGCUUCCGGAUUCUUCCUCGACUUCUGAUCAAACCGAGCUGAACACGAGCUCGACAUCACAGCGUAAAGGAGGAGGGAGGAGGAGGAGGAGGAGGAGACAUUCAGGAGUCCAAAUGAUGUUCUGUGAAGUGUGCCGAGCUCUGCACGCGUCGACCAGCAUGUUGAUCAAACACUCCUGGAGUCACGUGGACGAUCCGGAGAGGCUUUGUGGUCUAUGCGGAGAACAUUUAGAGUCUGCGGACGAGCUGAGGGCUCAUCUUCAGAGUCACCAGAAGACACACAGCUGUAACAUCUGCGGAAAGUCUUUCCUCUCCAUCGCCGGCCUCAACGGACACGUCGCCCGGCACAACGUCCGCUCAAAUGUCUUCGCUGAGGAAUCACAAGUGGGUCCGUGCAGAGCAGAGGCCGCACAAAUGUGAUUAUUUUUGUGUCAAAAACUGGGUUCACAGGUCGUAUACCGACACGUGUGGAGUCCCAGAAACAGACUUAGUGUGUGAAAUCUGCAGCGAUACGCGAGAUACCGCAGCAAAGAGAAACUGAACGGUUCUCCUGCAAGUCGGUCCUGUUGACUCAAACGAGGGUCCAUGAUGGGGAGAAACCCUACAAGUGCUCUGUCUGUGACACAAUGUGACGAGACACAUGAAGACCCACCAGGACGGAUCAGAGUCGAGGACCAGAAGUGAUCUUAGUCUCCUUGUUUUGUUAAAUAUGUCCCCUAGAGCAGGAGUCAGCAACCUUUACUAUCAAAAGAGCCAUUUUAGGCACAAAAAUAAAUAAUAAUAAUGAUCUGUCUGGAGCCGCAAAACAUGUGAUCAUUGUGAUGAAGGUAACAGUUUAUAGUCUAAGUAU